GAGCCCGAAGUUUGGGGGCUGCUGGGCAGCCCGGAGCGGGGAGGGGCGGGCGCACCGGAAGGAGGCCCUGAGCUGCUGCCCAAGAAGCCUUCCCGGCCGCCGCCGCCGGCCCCGGGACCCCGCCGGACAGCCGCUCCGAAGCUGCGGCUCUUCCUCUGGCUCGGUUACCCAAGAAGCCACAAGAUGACCAAAGUAGCAAGAAGACGUUUGCUUUUGAGGAAAGCCAUUCAGCAGCAGCCGCCACGGUGACUUUCCACAUCUCUCCUCGCUUGUUGGUUGGCUUGGAGGUCUCCACUGCCCAGAGGCUGGGCUGAAGGUGCCGCUUCCCCCUCGGUGCUUCCCUUGCCGGACAGCUUCCUCUGCUUGACUCGCCAUGGGAGGAUGCUUCUCCAAACCCAAACCAGUGGAAGUGAAAAUCGAGGUGGUGCUGCCAGAGAAGGAGCGCAUCAAAGAGGAGACAUCGCCCAACGGGAAGGCCAGCCCCAUCGUCUACAAGGCCAAUGGCACCUCGCGGCAUUACCAGCUGGAGGAGCACCCGGUCGCCCCCAACCCCUACCAGAAUGUGAAGGAUGUGGUGGAGGCCUUCGUUUGCCACGUGAAGGACCUGGACAUUGGACAGAUGCGAGAAGUCGAUCUGGGCUGUGGGAAGGCUCUGCUGGUGAAAGAAAAUGGAGAGUUUUACGCCAUGGGUCACAAGUGUCCUCAUUACGGCGCCCCACUGGUGAAAGGAGUCUUGUCCAAAGGCCGGAUCCGUUGCCCCUGGCACGGGGCUUGCUUCAACAUCGGCACUGGCGAUAUCGAAGACUUCCCAGGGCUGGAUAGUCUCCCCAAAUUCCAGGUGAAAAUUGAGAAGGAAAAAGUGUACAUCCGAGCAAGCAAACAGGCUCUUCAAGCCCAGAAGCGGACGAAGGUGAUGGCGAAAUGCAUCUCGCUGAGCAACUACAGCAUCAGUAGCACCAAUGUGCUCAUCAUUGGGGCAGGUCCUGCUGGGCUGGUAUGUGCAGAGACUCUCCGCCAAGAGGGCUUCUCGGACAGGAUUGUGAUGUGUACAAUCGAUCGACAUUUGCCCUACGACAGGCCCAAGCUGAGCAAGUCAAUGGAUUCCCACGCUGACCAGAUCGCUCUGCGUCCAAAAGAAUUCUUCCGCACGAACGACAUUGAGGUCCUGACUGAAAUGCAGGUGGUGGCGGUGGAUGUCAAGAACAAGACGGCCAUUUUCAAGGAUGGGUUUAAGAUGGAGUACAACAAGCUGCUGCUGGCAACAGGGAACACACCCAAAACGCUCAGCUGCAAAGGCAAGGAAGUGGAGAACGUCUUCACCAUCUGUGCUGUGGAAGAUGCCAACCGGGUGGUCAAAGUGGCCACUGAAAACGCUGUGGUGGUGGGAGCCUCUUUCCUGGGGAUGGAGGUGGCUGCCUACCUUUCGGAGAAGGCUCACUCAGUCUCGGUGGUGGAGCUGGAAGAAGCCCCCUUCAAGAAAUUCUUUGGGGAAAUUGGGCGAGCCAUCAUGAAGAUGUUUGAAAACAACCGAGUGAAGUUCUACAUGCAGACCGAAGUGUCAGAACUGCGGGAACAGGAGGGCAAGCUGAAGGAGGUAGUGCUGAAGAGGCGGCUACUCCGGGCAGACGUCUGCGUGAUCGGCAUAGGAGCCACUCCAGCCACUGGCUUUUUGAAGCAGAGCGGUGUCCAUCUGGACUCCAAAGGUUACAUCGUGGUGAACAAGAUGAUGCAGACCAACGUUCCAGGAGUUUUUGCUGCAGGCGACGCGGUGGCCUUUCCUUUGGCACUGAGGAACCACAAGAAGACCAACGUUCCCCACUGGCAGAUGGCUCACAUGCACGGGCGCAUAGCAGCACUGAACAUGCUGGCCUAUGGGACCGAAAUCAGCACCGUCCCUUACCUGUGGACAGCCAUGUUUGGCAAGAGCAUUCGCUAUGCAGGUCAUGGAGAAGGAUUUGAUGAUGUGAUUAUUCGGGGAGACCUAGACGAACUUAAAUUUGUAGCCUUUUACACUAAGAGCGACGAAGUGCUGGCCGUGGCCAGCAUGAACUACGACCCGCUGGUCUCCAAGGUGGCCGACGUCAUGGGCUCUGGCAGGACUAUCCGCAAGCGAGACGUGGAAACUGGCGACAUGUCCUGGCUGACGGGGAAAGGCUCUUAAGAGAUGGGGAUCCUGUGUUUGGUUCCCUUUCAGGGACCUUCCUCCAGGUGUGGCAAGCCCGACCUUCCCCUGAGACUCUUCUCCCAGCUGUCCCUUUGUCUCAAGGAUCUCUCUGGAGAGCAUCGGAGGUGGACUUGCCCUUGACCUGCUGUGAGACAGUUUGUAGCAGCUCCCAGGGCGGGGCUGAAGGAAGAAACAGUGGGACGCCGGGCUGAAUGCUGUCCAUGGAGGGGGCAGGAGAAGGAAGGGAUAUACAAAAGUGGCGGGCACCUUUUGCAGGCUGGCACAAACUGCUGAGCCUGCAUGGGAGAGGGCUCAGCUUCCUCAGGAUGCUGCCAUGGCACCACCCUUCCCUUCUCCCAAGUCAAGGCCCCAUCCCCACUUCUCCUGCGGUUGCCAUGUGCCAAAAUGUCUCCUUGCAUCAUAUGGAGGGAGGCAGGAAGAUGGAAAAGGUCCUGGGACACUGGGAAACCAGAACGCGGCUGAGCAGCUUGUUCCUUGUUCCUCUGGGCUGAACCUCCCUUGAUCUACUGGGAUGACUGGAAUCUGCUUGUUCUUUCCCGGGUCCAUCUCCCCACUUUUUUUUGGGGGGGGGGCAAUGCACUUUAUAGAUUCCGGAUCAAGUUUCUUCUGCAGGAAUGCUGACAGAAUUCCGUGGUCUCAGAUUACUGGAUUACUAGGAAAGGAUUGUCUUCUGGCUAUUAAUUGAAAGUACUGUUGCCUUUUCAUAAAUCAAGCUUAAUUUUUGUCUCUUCCUUCCCCCUUUAUUGGAAUGCAACCUCUUAGUCUGGAAAGGCCAAAACCAACCCCAGGCAGAAAAUGUUCUCUCUCUUUUUCCCCUUCCAGUGUGAUUGAUUCAUAAAUCUACAUGGGGGGAAACUGAGUCAUCCUGGUCACACUCAGACUAGUGAAAUCGUCACUGGGUUUGGACGUGUGAGGCCACAGCGUCAUGGGGCCACUCUCUUUAGUUUUUAUGCUACAGUUAAUCCUCGACUUACAACCAUUCAUUUAGCGACUGUUCAAAGCUCCAACGGCCUUGAAGAAAAGCAACUGGCAACAAGUCCUUGCACUUACGACCAUCACAACGUUCAUUGUAUUCAAAAUUGCAUGCUUAGUAACCAGCAUGUAUUUUCGAGGGUUGCAGAGUCCCGGGUCGUGUGGUCACCAUUUGCGACGUUCCCGGCAGACUUCCAACACCCAGAGUCAAGGGGGAAACCAGUUUCACUUAAUGACCAUGUGAUUCACUUAACUGCAGUGAUUCAUUUAACAAUGGUGGCAAAACAGGUCAUAGAAUUGGGUGAAAAUCACCGUAGCAACAGAAAUGCUGGUCCCAAUUGUGGUCGGAAUUUGAGGACUACCUGUACACCCUUUGGAACACCACCACCACCGGUGGCUCCCCAUCCCAGGUGCUCAAGUAAGAGGGCGGUUGGGCUGGCCUAACGGGCCUCUCCUGCAUCAUGUAGGCGUUCACAAUCUCCC